UCCUCUUGGCUGCCACCGGCUCGGCACGGAUUUCAAGUUGGCCCCCAACGAGCGGCGAAGCUAACUAACUGCCUGUAUCGAAGUGGAUCCGACUGGUUGAUUCAUUUCGAUUCCGCAGGAAAUCGGAAUUCUUCGGCCAGACUCCGCUUGCUCAGGACUCAGGAGUCAGGCCAUGGACAUUGGACCGACGGAGUUUGCGGAGAAUGUAAAAUAGCCGGCAAAUAAUGAUUACGGCGUUGGUUCUUGAACUCUCCACAUCGUCUCGCCCCUUCCCGAUUAUCUUCGAUGUCCAUCGUUUCUGGUCGCGAAGCUGGAACCCAGAGUGUCCAUUCGCGUUGCCCCCCGUGAGCUCUUUACUCUCGCUUUUAUGUGAGGAACUGAAUCCCGGGAUCUUUCUCAGUAAAAUGCGCAAGGAUGGUAGGGAGCCUGUGAUCAGUGCCAGUCCGAAUUCGACAUUCAUCCAGAUCAGGGGAGUGGCGCCGGAAUCUGAGGGGAGGUUUGCAUUAGGAGGUAUGCAGAUUGAAGAAGGGUUGGAAACAUACAGGUAAAGUCAGUGUCGUCUUUCUGGUAUACGAGGGUUGGCAGACGUGCGAGACCAGCAGCGCAUGCGACGAGACCUAGAUGCGAUUCAUUAAUCCAUUUACUCUUAUCAGAUA